AAGUGCUUCCGUGAUUGCACCAGCUCCAAAGCAGCGUAAACUACAGUUCCCAGAGGGCGCCGUGGUCGGGAGCCGAGUCUUUUCUCGCUAACACCGCUCGCACUCUUCGAGUUGGUUCCGCGGUAGAGGUGACCCGACUCCUUGAGGCUGAUACUGCAGGUGCUGGAAUUGUCCGCGCGGUUCCCGAUCAUGUCUGAACCAAUCAGAGUCCUUGUGACUGGAGCAGCUGGUCAAAUUGCAUAUUCACUGCUGUACAGUAUUGGAAAUGGCUCUAUCUUUGGUAAAGACCAGCCCCUGAUUCUCCUGCUGUUGGAUAUCACUCCCAUGAUGGGUGUCCUGGAAGGUGUCUUAAUGGAACUGCAGGACUGUGCACUUCCCCUCCUGACAGAUAUCAUUGCAACAGAUAAGGAAGAGGUUGCCUUCAAAGACCUGGAUGUGGCCGUUCUCGUGGGUUCCAUGCCAAGAAGGGAGGGCAUGGAGAGGAAGGACUUACUGAAAGCCAAUGUGAAAAUCUUCAAAUCCCAAGGGGCAGCCUUGGAUAAAUAUGCCAAGAAGUCAGUUAAGGUCAUCGUCGUGGGGAACCCAGCCAAUACUAACUGCCUGACUGCCAUAAAGUCAGCUCCAUCCAUCCCCAAGGAGAACUUCAGUUGCUUGACUCGUUUGGAUCAUAACCGAGCUAUAGGCCAAAUUGUGCUUAAACUUGGUGUGACUGCUAAAGACGUAAAGAAUGUCAUCAUCUGGGGAAACCAUUCCUCUACUCAGUAUCCAGAUGUCAGCCAUGCCAAGGUGAAAUUUCAAGGAAAGGAAGUUGGUGUGUACGAAGCUCUGAAAGAUGACAGCUGGCUCAAGGGAGAAUUCAUCACAACCGUGCAGCAGCGUGGCGCUGCUGUCAUCAAGGCACGAAAACUGUCCAGCGCAAUGUCUGCUGCGAAAGCCAUUGGCGACCACAUCAGAGACAUCUGGUUUGGCACCCCAGAGGGAGAGUUUGUGUCCAUGGGUGUAAUCUCCGAUGGCAACCCCUAUGGUGUUCCCGAUGAUCUGCUCUACUCGUUCCCGGUUGUCAUCGAGAAUAAGACCUGGAAGAUUGUUGAGGGUCUCACUAUUAAUGAUUUCUCACGUGAGAAGAUGGAUCUUACUGCAAAGGAACUAACAGAAGAAAAAGAAAAUGCUUUUGAAUAUCUUUCCUCUGCCUGACUGGACAAUCAUUUUGAUGUUAUUAAACACCCAAAAGCUGAGGAAUCUAAAUGUCGUCUUUGACUCUAGUACCAAAUAAUAAUAAUGCUAUAUACUUAAAUUAUGUGUGAAAAACAACACAUUUUAAGGGUUAUGUGCUUCUUGGUACAAAUUUGUGACGGUUUGUCAUCAUGGUGUUAGUGCUGCAUUCUAAAUAAAAAUAUAUAUUCAAAGGAAAAUGACUCAGACUCUAAUUUCUAC